AUGGCUAAUCAUAUUAACAUUCAUGAGCCAGUGAAGAUGUUAGAACAAUGCCAAAUUGCUCCACCAUCUUCACUUCCCUCAACCACUCUUCCUCUUACUCUCUUCGACUUUCCUUUCUUUAACGCCGACCCCAUCAAACGCAUCUUCUUCUAUGAGUUUCCCCACCCCACUCACCAUUUCCUCCAAACAGCACUUCCCAUUCUCAAACACUCUCUUUCCCUCUCUCUCCUACACUUCUUCCCCUUUGCCUCCUAUCUCAUCGUUCAACCACAACCCCAUCUCUCUCACAUCCGUUACCUUCAUGGCGAUUCUCUCUCCUUCACCGUUGCAGAGUCCACCGCAGACUUCACUCUCCUCACCUCCGAUUCACCUCAAGACGUUCGAAACUUUCACCCUCUUGUUCCCGCGUUGUCUCCCCCACGUGUUGAGCAAGAUGGCACCCGUGUGUUCCCUCUCAUGGCUAUUCAAGUCACGGUCCUCCCAAAUUCUGGCCUCGCCAUAUGUCUCACCGUCAACCAUGUUGUUGGGGAUGGCAAAUCUCUUCAUCAUUUCGUCAAGUUUUGGGCUUCUCUUUGCAAGGCAGGAGGGGACUUGGCUUCCCUAGAAACCUCUUUGUCUCUUCCUUCGCAUGAGCGGGACAGAAUUAAAGACCCAAAAGGCCAUAAGCUCCUUUUCUCCGAAAUAUUUGCGAUUAGUGAACCAAAAAGAGAAAGAACUGAGUUCGCAGGGGUCAAGGAUCGCUUCACUGUUGUAUUGAGUCGUGAACAAACUGAGACAUUAAAGAAAUGGGUCUCUCUUAAAUGUGGCAUCUACGAUUCCCGGGCAUUACACAUAUCAACCUUUGUGGUAACAUGCUCCUUGAUUUGGGUUUGCAUGGUUGUAUCAGAGGAGAGCAAACAAGACUCUGAUGAACUGUGCUACUUGUGGAUUCCAGCUGAUUCUCGUGAUCGUCCUGAAUUUUCGUUAACUUCAACGUACUUUGGGAACUGUCUAACCGCUUGCAUGGUGGCAAUUAAGAGGAGUGAGAUAGUGGGAGAAAAUGGGAUCGUUGCAGUGGCAAAUGGCAUUGAAAGGGAAAUUAGAGAUUUCAAGAGUGAUGCUUUGAGAAAGGCUGAAAUGUUGGUGUCAGAUUAUAGAGAACAUGUGAAACCUGGUAAAUCUGUGUUGAUAAUUGCGGGGUCACCAAAACUGGGUGUAUACCAAACUGAUUUUGGAUGGGGUAAGCCCAAGAAAUGUGAAGCAGCACACGUUGAAUCGUCAGAAGCAAUUUCUCUUUCAGAUUGUAGAGACGAAAAAGGUGGAAUUGAGGUGGGAUUGGCGCUGGAAAGAAAUCGAAUUGAUAAGUUCACCAGCAUCUUGGAAGACCAUCUCAAUAAUAUUAAUAAAUUCUGA